CCCCACUAUAAAGAGACAAUAACUUCAUUCACUCUUUCAGACACGAGCAGCAGCAGCAGCAGCAGCAGCAGCAGAAGAAGAGAGGGAGACUAACGCUGAACAAACAUAGACGCGCUGAACUACACCUGACACACUCCAACCACAAGGAUGCUUUGUGCUUACAUUUUCCUGUUGCUGACCCUGAGCAGAGUGGGACUGGGCUCUCUGCAGAAUAAGCAGAAUGACUUUGGCAUGAAGGUCUUCUUCCAGCUGAGCCAGGGCUCCGUGGACAAAAAUGUGGCCCUCUCCCCGUAUGGUGUGGCCUCGAUCCUGUCCAUGGCUCAGCUCGGUGCGGCCGGAAACACCCGCAAGGCCCUGACUGCUGCUAUGGGCUUUUCUCUGCAAGAGCGAGGGACGUCCCGGCGGCAGCGUCUCCUGCAGCGGGAUCUGUCCAGUGAGGAGGGGGUGGAGUUAGCCAGCGGAGUGAUGGUGGAGAGGAAGAUGAGCCUGGAGAAGGGAUACCGACGGGCCCUGGCCAAGGCCUUCCAGACCCACCCUAACCAGGUGGACUUUACCAAAACGGACGAGGCCGUCGCCAUCAUCAACUCGUGGGUCUCAGACCACACUGCAGGUGCCAUCCCUGAGUUCUUGGCAUCGGGAUCUCUCAGUGAUGAGACCCGCCUGGUCCUCCUCAAUGCUCUCCACUUCCAAGGCCUCUGGAAAGUUCCCUUUGACCCCAAAUUCACACAGGAGAGGAUGUUCCACUGUGCCAAUGGCAGCACUGUGCCCGUGCACAUGAUGAGACUCACAAACUACUUCAACUACGGCGAGUUUGUAACUCCUGACGGAGUGGACUACGAUGUCAUUGAGGUGCCAUAUGAGGGUGACUCACUGAGCAUGCUGCUCGUGUCCCCCUUUGAGCCUGAAGUUCCACUCAGCGUACUCAGUGCCGAUGUGAACAGCCAGAGGAUUCAGCAGUGGAGGGCGGAACUGAGGAAAGUCAAGAGGCAGCUGGCCAUGCCGAGGUUUACUCUGGACUCUGAGGUGAACUUGAAGACCGCUCUGCUGGAAAUGGGUCUAGGAGACAUGUUCAACCUGGCUAGUGCUGACUUCACACGCAUCACCACAGAUGAAAGGCUGUGUGUGUCGAAGGUCCUCCAGAGUGUGAAGAUCGAGGUGAAUGAGCGAGGAACCAAGGCCGCAGCGGCAACAGCUGCUGUCAUGUUUUCCCGAAUGGCUGUGGAGGAGAUCACGCUGGACCGACCCUUCCUCUUCCUCAUCCAGCAUAAGCACACAGGUGCUGUUCUGUUCAUGGGCCACUUCAACCAGCCUCAGCAACAAUAACAGUCUGAAGACUUGCCUCCAUCGUGCUACAUGAUGACCACCCACCGGACCACCAGGAUUCAUACGACUGCUUAAAACUCUGUAGACUGAUUCACUGAAAGGUUUAUUUCUUACGAGCUAAACACAAGAACACUGGGACAACGCGAUUUUACACGACAGACAUUUGAAACUGGACUGACUGAGACGUUCUUUGAGAAGACUUUAUAUGUUUGCUGUUUAUUUAUUUCUCUGAAUGUUUGUGGUUGACAUAUGAAGGGAAGUGAAUUAUAUGAGGUAGCUUACUGUUGUUUGACACAACACACACUGAUGCACUUCACACAGACACAGACUGAUAGCUACAUUGUUACAAAAAAAGAUGUAUUUUUAUGUAUUUUUACAAUGUAAAUGUUGUUGUCUCUUUUUGCCUCGCUUUCGUUACCUUGCAUUUGCAUUUUUGCAGUAGUUCUAUUUAUUAAAAUUAUAUGUUUUUACAAAA